GAACUGUUUUGGUCGAAGAGGCUGUUCAACACAAGCCGCGAGCCGACAGGCGGCGGUGCCAGCUUGAGAUUCUAAGUACUACUAGAAAAGCUUUCCCAAAAGAGCUUUAAGGGGAGAGAGAGUAUGAGAGAGAGAGAGAGAGAGAGCUUGGAUUCCUUCUCAGUUUCGAAACAAGUUGAGUGCUUUGUUUCCUGACGAGGUGCAGGGAUAUUUUUCUGAAGCCGGAGUGCGCAGCGCUUUUCUUUCCAUUAUGUGCGGGAGGGAAGAUGACAUUCUGCUGCUGCAAGGAGAUUUAAAAACCGUUUCUAGCCUUUCUUGUUCACCCUUUAGCGAGAUAUGUAAUUAGCAGAAGCAGAUCCACAGAUCCAUCGACAAAUUGUUCACUUGCAGAACAACGUGAUCUAUGCGGACAGACUUCGCUGCUUCAGCUGCUCUCACCCAUCCCCUAGCUUCAGCGCCUGGAUUUACUUCUGAUUCGCGUUCUUCCUCCAUACUCGUUAUCAUCAUCCCUGCGCUUGUCCAUCGAGCUGUCUUCGACUCCACUGUCGUCCAGGGCAAGCGCUGAACGCCUCGCGUCCAUUCAGCACGAGUUAUGGCGGUACUCCACCGACGCUCCUUGUGAAUCCCGUAACAAUCCGCCGACACGAAGCCGAGCUCGAUCGUCCGGCGGACAGGCAGCAUGCCGGAAGCAUAAACAACGAAUCUGUAGAGAGCUUCUCCAGGCGGGCAAUGGCAGAAGUGCCAAAAUUCUGAACAGUGGAGUCGAAAUGAAGAACUCGCGCGAACACUCAACUCGGUUCGAGACGCAAGCCAUCGCCAUCGGAGACAAAGAAGACGACGAGGAAGCAGCAGCUUGACACGAAAACUCCAACCGAGCAGCAAGUGGGUCCUGAAACAGGAAAAAAAGAACACCAACUUCUCUUCCUCCUCCUGCUCCUGCUCGACGAAUUGACGAGUCCUGCUCGACGCUCAGAGGCGGAAAUGCUCGUCAUGAUGCUGAGACGGGCGAGAGUGCGAAUCUCGACGAAGCGCAAGAUGUGCCAGGUAGUGGACGAGAGCUCGCUGCCGGCGAUGGUCGAGGCAGUGCAGAAUCAAAAUCAAGAAGCAGCGGGCGGGCGUCAGAACCGAGUCCUAAAUCGAAACCUCAGGAACGGUAGGCGCGGGCCAGGAGCGGGUGUGGGAGCGGACGCGGCCAGGCUGACGGCGGCGCGGCGGAGGCGGAGCGUGCGCCUGGGCCAGGCCGCCAAGCUGCCGUUGAAAGUGUUGUGGUCGGUUUUGAAAUUCAUGUGCGUGUACGCGGACCGCCCCGUCGACCUCGUGCACGACGAGCUUCAGGACGACGCCACGCGCAUGUGGUUCCGCAUGAACCCCACGUACGAGGAUCGCAGCUACCUCAUGGUCCAGGACAGCGUCCGCUUCGGCUUGCUCAUGUAGACCUCGACCCUCGACCCUCGACCCUCGACAGACAGACAGACAGACAGACAGAAUGCAAGAGCGAGGGAGGGGCGCAGGAAUGAGUCGAAUGCGAUUGGAGUGCCCGCAGGUGGGAGCGAAUUUGGACGCAAAUGGUGGAUUUCGGAUUUCUCGGCGGGCACGCGAGGAUCGAUCCCUUCCCUCGACAUUUGAAAGCUCAUCCGACAUCGGAAAGAGGGCGAUGUGGAUUUGUUUUCGGCGUCGCAUCACCGUCGUCAUCGCCAUAGGCCUGAUUGGGCUUGCGAGAGGCGGGAUUGCUCGGCCCUGUCUGUCUGGAGCUCGUCAUCGGAGCUGAGUGGGAGCAGACGUGUAUCUUCGGCCCGCGGCUUGGUGACUGAUUAUUGAACGCAUGAGGACAGUGAUGAGUUGAGGCAAGAGAGUUCUUAUUUGUAAGCUGAUUUACCUUGAGCGAAGUGGUGUCACAUGUGAGCUGUGCUGUGGCGGAAACGUGCAUCGUGUGGUCAUACCAGAGUUUGCAGGACUCCUGUGAGCUUUUUGCCAGCAAAGAACUGCUGCUUGCACGAAGACGAAGGACUUCGUUUUACAUAGAUACCCUCUCAAUAACCUCUCUCUUGUAGGCCCAAAUGAUCCCCAAUCAAUGUGGUUGCGUACUGGGAUGACGGGCGAUUUCUUUGGAAAUUGUACAUUUAAAAGAAAAGGUUUUCAAUUUGAACCUGGUAUGGAUGUCUGUGU